CGCAAUAUUGUUUUAACUACCAAUGUCUAUUGUUUGUUGAGUCUUCACAUCUGACUUAAUAAAUCUCGUCAAAGAUGAACAGUUGGAGUAAAUUCAGAGGUAUUUAUGGAGAGUUGAUUAAACAUUAUACAACGUCGAACCAGUCUUUUCCAGAAUUACCUCCAAUUGACUUCAAACCUUUACCGUAUAAAGGUCCAUCUUAUGAAAAAGCACAGGCUAUGCAAUUGGACAAUGUGUUCCCUCAAGUGCAGAUGUACGAAAAGCCAUUGUACCUCCACGAAGGUAAAAUGCAAUGGUUAUUCGACCAUCAAGGCAAGCGAUAUUUAGACAUGUUCGGAGGUAUAGCUACGGUCAGCGUAGGUCAUUGUCAUCCCCGAAUCAACCAAGCCAUGGCCAAACAGCUGAGCACACUGGGACACGUAUCCGGGGUGUACCAGCAUCCAAAAAUGUACGAGUACGUGGAAAAACUGAUGAUGAAAAUGCCGGGUGAUCUGAAAACCGUGUACCUGGUCAACAGCGGUUCCGAAGCUAACGAGUUGGCCAUACUGCUGGCUCGGUUACACAGCGGUAACCAAGACAUCGUGUCCAUCGAGAACUGUUAUCACGGCGUGUCGGGUAACGUGCACGGGCUCACGGCUCAGUCGGCGGUCAAGUUCAACAACCAGCCGACCGGCAGUUUUGUCCAUCACGUGAUGUGCCCCGACGUAUACAGAGGCAUAUGGGGCGGAAACAAUUGCAGAGACUCGCCGGUCCAAACGCACCGGUGCUGUGAAUGCAAACGGGACCGUUGCCAAGCCGCCGACAUGUACUACGAACAGUUGAAAAACAAGUUUUCCUAUUCGUUGCCCCGAGGAAAGGUGGCCGGUUUCUUCGCUGAAUCUAUCCAGGGAGUUGGAGGGAUCGUUCAAUUUCCGAAGGGUUAUUUGAAAAAAGUCUACGACUUGAUAAGAGCCAACGGUGGAUUGUGUGUUGCUGAUGAAGUGCAGACGGGUUUUGGAAGGACGGGCGAACAUUUUUGGAAUUUUCAAUCACACGGUGUCACACCCGACAUUGUGACCAUGGCCAAAGGUAUUGGGAACGGAUUUCCAAUGGCUGCCGUUGUAACAACACCCACGAUUGCACGGUCAUUGAACUUAGCGUUUCAUUUUAAUACUUUUGGCGGUAAUCCUAUUGCGUGUACCGUAGGUCUGACAGUGUUAAAGAUAAUCGAAGAAGAAGGUUUGCAACAAAACAGUUUAAAACUGGGAACAUAUUUCUUAGAUAAGUUAUGCGAAAUGAGACGUGAAUGGAAUAUAAUUGGUGAUGUACGAGGCAAAGGGCUAAUGAUUGGGGUAGAAUUAAUAGAAGGCAAUCAAGACGACAGCGAUCAAGGCCUAAGUAAUCCUUUAAAUGGCCGAGCCAUUUCUCAUAUCAAAAACAAUUGCUUGAAGAUGGGACUUUUAAUCGGAAUCGGCGGAAACAAAUCAAAUGUGUUACGGUUCAUGCCUCCCAUGUGUGUAACAAAAGAUGAUGUUAAUUUCACUAUUGCUGUCUUGAGACGAGCUAUGCAAAACUAUUAUGAAGCAAAGCAUCAGAAUAAUCUUUAAAUAUAUUUUCAUUUAUUCUAA